AUGAAGCUCGGCUCUAGCAUUUAUCUUUUUCUCGGAGUUGCAGUCUCCAAGAGCUUCUUUGCAACUAUAAGGCCGAUAAACAGUGACAAGGUCUUAAAAGCAUCUGGAAAGAGCAUUGUACUCACAUCCAACAGGGGCGAGGGGCUAGCAAUCUUCCAUGUUGUGACGAAGAAAGAAAAGGGAUUCAAGCUGUUUGGAAUGAAGAUGGCGAACCGAAGGCAUCUGCUUCUUAUAUCUCCAGGAAGCAAUCAGAGUCUUUAUCUAGGAUACAGCAAGUCGAGGGGAGAGCCUGUUAUACGGGAAAAGAAGAAGUAUUGGGAGUACAAAGAAAUGGGGAGUGGAGGAUACAUACUCAGGGGAAAGGAAGGCAAAUGCUUGGGAGUGACUGGAAGCGAUGUGCUUGGGCUUUUUGAAUGCAAUGGAGGAGAAGACCAGGUCUUUGUUUUUGAGAAAAAAGACGACAGCGAGGUUUCAGAGUCUACAACCGAAGACUCCCAUGUUUCCAUUAUCUCUGAGGCUCCACAGGGACCAAGUGUUCACAUCAAGGACAAAUCCUUGGAAGACUUCCAGAUGUCUCCCUCAAGCAGUGACACCGACAGUGACAGUAGCAUGGUAAGGCCUGUGUUCAUUAACUUGAACGUGAAGGACAAGAACGCAUAUGAAAGUGACAUUUCGACGCCCUCUGUCCUGACAUCCACAAUAACAGUCUCUGUAACUGUGACAAAGCCUACCCUGGUCAGUAAUGCCACAUCUUCAUCUGUGGUGUCUACUUUCACUAACUUCCCACCGGUUUCCGCCAGGUUCCCCUCAUCCAUAGCUUCAAUCUGGGACAAGAUGGCAUCCAUAGAAGAGCACCAGCUAUCGUGUGACUCAACUUCUUCCUCCGACGUGCACAGAGUGCCCCAUGCGAGAGUUCCCGAUGAAAAUUUCGAAAAGAUUAAGGGAGGUACAGAGGGAGGCCUGGACCUUGAUUUUGAGUUUUAUCCGGAGUUGGGGAGGCUCCUUAAGAAUGAUGCUUACAAAAACGACAACAGUUACCCUGGAAGAGGGCCUGGAAAAAACAACAAGGCAAUACAUCGGGACAAGAGGAGAAAGGACCAGAUUCUCGGUAGCCUCGAGUGUCCGGAUACCUCUAUUCUGAAUCCUUUGCAGAAAGACAGGGUCAGACCACGUGCCCGUGGCAGUUAG